CGCCGCCGGCGACGGCGAUGCCAUGGCUCGAUCGAUCGCCCGGCUGUUCUGGUUUGGAUCCGAUCUGACAAUUGAGCCGUCGAUCUGCGGGUUCCGUUGGAACCGACUUAAGAAUCGUAAAUAGGCAGGCAUCGAGAUGGCAUCCGAUGAUCUGAUCUGGGCGUCGAAGAUGGCAUCGGGAGGAGACCGGCUGAGCGCUCUCCCCGACGAUGCGCUCGUGCGCGUCCUCUCCCACCUCGUGACCGACGAGGCCGUGCGCACCAGCGCGCUCUCCAGCCGGUGGCGCUACGUCCACGAGGGCGUCCCCGCCGUCGACCUCGUCGACACCAAGACAGGCGGGCGGGGCGACCUCAAGGUCUGCUUCGACCACCAGGUGGCGUGCGCGAUCCUCGGCAAGGGGGUGGAGACGCCGAUCCGCGUCCUCCACGUUCCGUACGACCUGCUCGACCAGUGGAUCGCCACCGCCGUCGCCUCCGGCGUCGAGGACCUCGACAUCGAUCUCAGGUACGAUGAGGCCGCCCUGGACCCGCUCUGCCCGUUCCGCGGAUCACCGGACCGAGACGAUUCCUUGAUGUACACCGUGACGCCGCGCCAAACCUUCCGCUGCCGCACGCUCCGCCGCCUGCGCCUGUCGUGCUGGGCGCUCGACCUGCCGGGCAGCGUGGACAUGGUCUCGCUGGAGACGCUCCACCUCGACAGGGUCACGGCCCGGGAUGGGCUGCUGCAGCUGCUGCUCUCGAGCUGCCCGCGCCUCGCCGACCUGACGCUGGAGGAGUGCCCGAGUGUCAAGGAGAUCGCGGUGACCAGCCCGUGGCUGCGUAGCUUCGCCAUGAUCUGCUGCCACAAUGCCACCGCCGUCGAGCUGCGCACCACCUAUCUCCGGUCGCUGCACUACAAAGGCAGCCUUCCUCCUCGCGAGUCGUCGUUCAUCGUCGUCGCAAACUACCUGGCCGUCGCGGCGGUGAGGAUUGAAAUCUGCCAUGGCCACUGCGGCGAAGAAUCACCGGAAGUUGCUCCGGUCAUGGCCCUCAUCGGCCGGUGCGAAAAGCUGGCGCGUCUUGACCUCUGCCUGCGCCUUUCAGUGGCCUACUACAGCAGCGUGCUCUCAUGCGUCCUGCUUGAGCUGCGCCACCUCAGGCAGCUGACCCUCGAGGGCUGCCUGGUCACCGACGAUGCGGCCCCGUCGGUCGCCGCCUUGCUUCGCAACACCGAGGACCUGGAAGUGUUGUCGCUGCUACCUCGGGGUCCAGAGCCUCCAAAGGAAGGGACUCCCUCGCAUGACGAAUCAAAUGCUAAGCCACAGCAGACAGGACGGCGGCGGCGGCGGCGGCAUCGUCGUCAACUGCGUGUCAGACUCCAGAGGGCUGCUUGGUCACCGAUGAGGGCCUGGAAGUAUUGUCGCUUUUACCUCGGGUCCAGUCGGAGAAAGCGUCGACGGCGUCGUCGUCAAUUAUAGGCGUUAGUCUAGUGGCCCAAUGCCUGAGAGAUUGUAAACUACCAAGGACUGCCACUUGAAAAGAUGCUUUGCAAGGUUUCUGCUUUCUAGGCUGCGGCGUUGGAGGUCUUGAAUUCAUAGCUGAUUCGUUGGAAUCCAAUCUGUGCGCAUGUUGAUGCUUAGUGGGAUGUUAGCCUCAUCUAUUUUUGAGCUUUUGUCUGAAUGAUAGCCAAAUCUUUUUCGAGGCCUUGUGCUAGGGUUUCUUAGAUUGCAUGUGUAGUGUUUGGUGGUAGACUUUGUUAGCCUUACAUUUGUUAGGGUUUUCUGAACUUUCUUUCUUUCAUGUUCCAAUCCGCCUCUGUUAUGUGGAGGAUAUUGAUUCAUGCACUUAUAGGUCCUAUACUGCAGUUUUUAGGAUUUGGAGUGCCUUUUUAGUUAUAUAUUGUUGUUGCAUAUGUGUUUUAAGGGAUUUUUUAAUGAAAAGAUGAUUCCUUUUUUCUGUUUACAGUGUGUGUACAAUCAUUGAUAGUUAUAUGAAGUAGGGUAGGUUUUAGUUGAGCGUAUAAGGUUUGAUCUUUUUUAUCCCAAAUGCUUAUAUCUUUGUUUUUUUGUUUGAUUAGUUUAAGAAGUUGUUGAAUCCAAUUAUUUAUGAGCAUUCUUGUAAGUAGUGGUAGUAUGAUUUUAUUGUAUUUGUUCCUAAUCUGUCAAAAAAAUCAUUCUGUUUGUUGCACGAAUGGUCUGCCCUGUGUGUCGUUGCCCGGGUGCUCCGUGCGUG